UCCAUGAUCUAUGGGUCUACUAAAGCUACCCUCUUCGAUCAAUUAGCCAAGAUUUUGACCGGAUACGAAGGUGCUCGAUCUAGUGGUAUUUUUAUGGGGAUUCUUUCUAUCGAUGUAGGAUUUCUAUUCAAGAUCACUGCAGUUCCUUUCUAUAUGUGGGCUCCUGAUAUCUAUGAGGGUUCACCCACCUCGGUUACAGCAUUCCUUUUUAUUGCGCCUAAAAUCUUUAUUUCUGCUAAUAUUUCAUGUGUUUCUAUUUAUGGUUCCUAUGGAGCUACAUUGCAACAAAUCUUUUUUUGCAGCAUUGCUUCUAUGAUCUUAGGAGCACUGGCCGCCAUGGCCCAAAUGAAAGUCAAAAGACCUCUAGCUCAUAGUUCAAUUGGACAUGUAGGUUAUAUUCGUACUGGUUUCUCAUGUGGAACCAUAGAAGGAAUUCAAUCACUACUAAUUGGUAUCUUUAUUUAUGCAUUAAUGACGAUAGAUGCAUUCGCCAUAGUUUCAGCAUUACGACAAACCCGUGUCAAAUAUAUAACGGAUUUAGGCGCUCUAGCCAAAACGAAUCCUAUUUCAGCUAUUACCUUCUCUAUUACUAUGUUUUCAUAUGCAGGAAUACCCCCGUUAUUCGGCUUUUGUAGCAAAUUCUAUUUGUUCUUCGCCGCUUUGGGUUGUGGGGCUUACUUCCGCCCAGUGGGAGUAGUGACUGGCGUUAUAGGUCGUUGGGCGGCUGGAAGGUUGCCACGAGUAAGUCAGUUUUGGGGAUCGAAGGCAGUUCUCCGUGCAUCAGACACGUAG